AAACUGUUCCGCGAACGUCAUAUUUUCUCUUAUCCUCCCAACAACGCCCCCCCAGGGUACUUAUAAGUCGACACCCUCCGUUCACUAUUUGCAUCUAUGGGACUUUUCGGACGAUCAAAAAACAGCAAGGAACGAAAGGAAGCGCGCAAAACACUGAAGCACUUCGAGAAAUCACGAGCCUCAAAAAUGACCUCUACAUCGGACCCGUCGAAAGCCAUUCACGAGCUGCAACCUUGGCAGGUCAAUCAAGAAAAACCACAGCAAGGACUCUCGUCGCUCUCGCACAAAGAUGUCUGGGGACGCGAAAUCGCCGAGCCAGAUCUCACAAACCCCACGAGAAGUAGAUGGGAACGUCCGCUGGACACGAUCAGAUCCUUCCAGGAGGCGGUCGAUAGAGGUUAUAGGCGCUCUUACUACGGUGCUGAGGAUUUGCCGCUGGCUUCGAGUCCUCCGUCGCAGGCCGGACGCAGUGUGCGAAACGACCACCAUAGGAACGGAGGAGGCGGAGGCGGACAUUACGAUCACCCACACAUGCCCAAUCGCAUGGGAGGCUCCGGCACACCUAUGACAAACAACUCCCACGAGGAAUUGGCCUCCUUCGGUGCGAUGUCGGGUCGAGUCGCUCUCAACGAUAACCUCGUCGCGGGCAGCUCGGCAAUGCCGGGGCACAACCGGGCACGAGGACAUUCUGGCGGCUCGGGCAAUGGAGGAUACGCCGACACCGGAUACGGCGAGUCGGUAAAUCACCCCUCACGAGGAGGUUCGGCAGGGAACGCAGAAGCGCCCUGGAGAGACAACGAAAAUUCAUGGGGACCUACGAACGGGAACGCAUACCCUGUCUCUCCCGGCGGAGCUUCGAACCACGGCGGCAAUCCCUACACAGGCCAGUCCUCGAAUCUACCGCCCCAGCAGCAGCAACAGCAACAACACGCACCACAGCCCCCAGCUGUGAGGCCUGUGAUCAGGAUGUCGGCUUCGAAUCCACCACCACCGCCCGCGGAAGAGGACAAAAAACGAAAGAGCUGGCUCGGGAAACGCUUCAGCAAAAAAUAGACGGGAUAUCAUCUUCUUUUUGUUCAUCGUCCACGGCAACCGGGAGUGGGGGUGACUUUGCGGUAAUCAGGGGCACAUAUUUGGAGAUUUCAUAGAUUUCUGGGAACCUCUACUGGUUUUUUUUCCUCUUUUUUCCUUUUUUUGUUGUUGCACAUCGCCGAUACCAACAUCGAUCCGGUCUGUCGGAGCAUUUACCUACGUCAGAUCUGUUUCUACCU